AUGCGUCGGCGUCCGGGUACUGCCAGGACGGUGGUGGUCUCAGCAUUGACAGUAUCUUUGCUGAUACUGCCCUUCUUGGUGGCUUCACAGCUGCCGCCUCGGCAACAAAAUCGCAAAUCACCACACGAGCACCCAGCCAUUGACCACCACACACACGCUGGAUCAUCUGGCUUUCAGGAUGAAAGCACAUCGGAAACUACAAAUUACAAACAUCUGAAAGACACAACGCUGAACCAACCAAAAGCGAGCGCCGUCGCUACAAACCCUCUAGCUCUGGCCGGUGAAGACCGUGCCGUGCGAGCUGCCCAACCUGCUCGAGGCUCCGGAAAAUCCGCCGGGCUUUCUGCGUCGCUUAAUGCGCGCUCGUUGCAGGACUGGGAGGUGGAGGACUUCGUUCUACUUGCCACCGUAGACGGAUCGAUACACGCAAGAGACAGGAAGACAGGAGCACCGAGAUGGAAGCUGGAGGUGGAUAGGCCGAUGGUCGAGACGACAUACCAUGUCCCGAACAAUUCAUUGCUUGAUGGAUCGAAGCCGGAGUACGACUUUCUUUGGAUUGUGGAGCCCAGCAGGGACGGAGAUAUCUACAUCUACAACCAACGCGGCCUUGGCGGCUUACAAAAGUUGCACCUGACGGUGAAGCAGUUGGUGGCUGACAUGUCACCGUAUGAGAGCGUAGACCCUGCCGUGGUCUACAAUGGGGAGAAGAAGACCAAACUUUAUACCGUGGAUGCAACGACAGGCACCAUCAGCAAAGUAUUUGGAGCCGGAGGAUCCCUGAGCAAAGAGCCAAGAUGCCCAAAGCCUGGCGGCCUUGAUGUGCUUGAUGAUGAAGAGUGCGCCACCAGAGGCUCCUUUGUCCUGGGCCGGACCGAAUACACAAUCACAAUCCAAAAUCGAGGUACUACAGAACCGAUCUGUAUCUUAAGAUAUUCAGAGUGGGGACCCAAUACUCGAGACGGGGACUUGCAUAGCCAGUACUCUAGCACCAUGGACAAUAAGUACGUCUAUCCAUUACACGACGGAAGCAUCUUCGGUUGGGACUACAGCCAGAUGAUGGACAGGCAGAAGUCCUAUACUCAGAAGCUUUCGUCUCCGGUCGUUAGAGUCUUCGAUGUAGCCCGUCCGUUGCAUGUCGAUGACCAGGAUCCGCAACUCAUAGUAUUGCCCCAGCCUGUAGGUCCUCUCAACAAUGAGAUCUAUGAUACUUUUAGCGCAAAGAAUCGUAUAUUCGUCAAUCACACUGAAGCUGGAGGGUGGUUCGCUAUGUCCGAGAAUACCUAUCCGUUAGUAACUGGCAAAGCAAAAGCGGCCCAAUGCUACGAUAGAGAUUGGAUGGAGAUGACCACUUCAACGCACUCUUUGACCCUCGCCCAGCGUCAGGAAGGCUUCGUCGGCGUACAUGCACUUUCUGAGCUGCAAACAAGACAAGGUAGUGGUCUGACUAUUUCUGGGCCGGAAACCCCAGCGGCCAAUGACUCCCCCGUCGAAGUCUACCAAGAAUCGUCAUUGUCGCCCUCACUGCCAAUCAUAGGUAGCAGUAGAAUCAUUGGGACUGCUGUGGACAACUUUUCUGACAUAUUUGUUCUAUGUUUCAUUUUUGCUGUGGGUACAUUCUUUUACAUCAACUGGAGGCCAAUCUUCAGGCACAUCAGAAGGCGUUUGGAGUUGGAGCAGACUAUUCCAUCUGUGCAGCCGCAAUUUGCUUCUGUACCAUCAUCUCCCGUCACAGCAACGCCAUACGCGCCAGAGGACCUUCCACCCCCCGAGAAUGACAAAAUCAAAGAAAUUGCGAUUAAGCCAGAGGGAGACGUUGCGGAAGCCAACCCAUUGCUGCUGGAGCCGCCACCGGAAUUGUCGCGCAGCCGGCAUAAUUCCCUGCAAGAUCGUGGCCAUAACGAGGCGGAGAAUGGUAUUAGAAUACGGGAUCCAUCUCCUGGUCCUGACGAAUCCGACGAAUCCGAAGAAAUAGGAUCCUCACAGACAGUCAAGAAGAAGGUUCGCCGUGGAAGACGAGGCGGAGUCAAGCAUAGGAAGAAGAACAAAGGUGACAGCAAGCAGGAAUCCAAAGAUGAAGCAGAGGAGACCAUGAAACAAGUCUCGCAAGCACCGUCAGCCAAAGCACUACAGACGGAAGCCAUCAAAUCCUCUCCGCCAGCUGUGACGGAUACGACUGAGGUGACUGGACCAAUCAUCAACAUCGGACAUUUGAGUGUCAAUUUGGAUGCUACCUUGGGGCAUGGCGGUCACGGAACAAUGGUGUUCAAGGGCUCAUUUGGCGGUAGAGAGGUCGCCGUGAAGCGUAUGCUCAAGGAGUUCUAUGAUGUCGCCUCUCAUGAGGUUAGUCUCCUUCAGCAGCAUGACGAUCAUCCCAAUGUCAUACGAUACUUCGACAAGGAGACUGCUGGUAGUUUCCUCUACAUCGCUCUCGAGCUUUGUCCUGCCUCACUGCUGGAUGUGAUCGAGAGACCGAGAGAUUUUCCAGCGUUGGUCCCCUCGGGCGGACUCAACACGCCCAAUAUACUGAAGCAAAUCACCUCCGGAAUACACUACCUUCACACCCUCAAGAUCGUUCAUCGAGACAUCAAACCUCACAACAUCCUUGUCUCCGCCCCCAAAGUCACCAUUGCCAAUCCGUCUACGACCCAACCACCGCGCCUACUCAUCUCCGACUUUGGACUUUGCAAGAAGCUCGAAGGCGACCAGAAUUCGUUCCGUGCGACCACUGCCUUCGCCGCCGGUACUUCUGGCUGGCGUGCCCCCGAGCUGCUUGUCGAUGACGACCCUCUGCUGAAGUCUACGAAUUCCGCCCUCUAUCCCGCGACGGCAGACCUGACCAACACUUCCGAACCGCUCGUUGUCGACCCGCAAACCAACCGCCGUGCAACCCGCGCGAUUGACAUCUUCUCCCUCGGUUGUGUCUUUUAUUACUGCCUCACGCAAGGCUCCCAUCCUUUCGACAAAGACGGCAAAUUCAUGCGUGAAGCCAAUAUCGUAAAAGGGUUGUACAAUUUGGAUGCUUUGACGAUUUUAGGAGACUAUCAAUGGGAAGCGAAAGUGCUCGUUGGUCAGAUGUUGAGUCACAAUCCAAAGGAAAGACCUGACGCCGCGACCAUCCUGACGCAUCCCUUCUUCUGGGGUGCCGAAGAUCGUCUGGAGUUUCUCUGCCAUGUCAGCGAUGCCUUCGAGUCUGAGAAGUACAACGAGCGGGAAGACGAUCCCUCCGAGCCUCUCGCAUACCUCGAAAGCUACGCUCCUCUCAUCACUAAAGAUCACGGCGGCGAUUUUCUGCGCGCACUGCCUCAGCCCUUCAAAGAUACUUUGGGCAAACAGCGCAAGUACAAAGGGGAAAGUUUGCUUGAUCUAUUACGAGCGCUGCGGAACAAGAAGAACCACUACGAAGACAUGCCAGACGCUGUCAAAGAGAGGGUGGGACCGUUACCUGCGGGGUACCUGGGCUUUUGGUCGAGGAAGUUUCCGAGCUUGUUGUUGACUUGUUGGAGCGUGGUGAAGGAAUUGAAGUGGGAGGAGAGGGACCGGUUCAAGAAGUAUUACGAGGGAUGA